AUGGCAGAAGAACAACAAAAUCAGCAACUAGCUCAUGCUGCACAGAACCCAAUCCUGAUGGCAAACAACAGCAUGCGUCCUAUAAGAGAAUACACAUCCCCUGUACUAUAUGAUUUCACUCCAAGAAUCGUAUAUCCGACGCCUAAUGGAACCAGGUUUGAAAUGAAAUUUGUUAUGCUCCAAAUGCUCAAGACUGCUGGGAAAUUUGGGGGUAGCCGUGGCGAAUAUCCUCAUGCCCAUAUGAAGCGUUUCCUGGAAACGUGCAAUUCCUUUGUGAUUCCUGGAAUCACACCAGAGGAAAAGUUGGUGGAAAAGUUUAUGCAGAAAUACUUCCCACCUACCACCAACGUGAGGAGGCGUCUGGAAAUAAUGAACUUUGAACAGGAAGACACUGGGACCUUGAGCGCUGCAUGGGAGCAUUUCAAGGGCUUGGUCAAGAACUGCCCGAACCACGGACUACUUUUGACUAUUCAGAUGGAAACAUUUUAUGGCAGACUAAACAGGGCAUCACAGAUGGCAGUAGACGCAGCAGCAGCCAGAGGACUGAUGGAAAAAUCCUAUACUGAAGCUAAAGAAAUAUUAGAUCGCAUUGCCAAACAUAACAUGGAGUGGGUAGAUGACACGUACGAUGGAAGAAAUGACAGGAGAAGAAGAUCUCAGAACAUUAACUCUGUUGAUGCCAAUGCGAUAGCCACACUCUCCGCUCAAGUGGCUACCUUGACCAGCCUUCUACAGAACAUAACGCUAGGUAACGCACCAAACCAGCAGAAGGUGAAUCAAGUGGAGGCAUUUGGGCAACCCAUGGUAACCUGUGUGGGAUGCGGAGAUUUUCACUCAUAUGCUCAAUGUCUUCAAAACCUUCAGUCAGUGUGUUUCAUCAAGAAUAACCCAUUUUCUAAUACUUAUAACCCGGGAUGGAGAAACCAUCCGAAUUUUUCUUGGAUAAGAGGAAAUCAACAAGAGCACCACCCAAGCGCGAGCCAUCAGCAAAGGAAUGGACCGUCGCCUGUCUUUCAACAAACGCAUCAACAACAUCAACAACCUUUCAAUAGAGGUGGCCACGCAUCAAGUUCUGGAACUCCGCUGGAAAACCUAUUGAAGGAAUACAUAUCCCAGAACGACGCAAUGCUGAAGAGCCAAGUGUCAUCAAUUAGAAACCUGGAAAUCCAGGUGGGGUAG